GAUCUGUCCACCGCAACCAUUUUCAACAACCCCUGAAGAUCCAGUCCAUCGCUCCAAGCAAUUGGAACUCCGGGUCCUUGCAGAUCUAUCGUAUAAUCUCUGGGCUCGUUCACAAUGGUUUCUACCGCCGAUCUCGACAUCCGGCCGACGGCAUCCGAGGCCCACAGUUUCUUUGAAAAGGCUCGCCAAGCCUCACCCCAGCCGACGCUCCUGCCAGUCUGCAUUUCAGUGCCUUCAGAUCUGCUGACUCCUACGGCUAUAUACCUAAAGUUGUCCGAUGGAGCAACUGCCGAGUAUUCAUUUCUUCUCGAGAGCGCCACGGGAAGCACUGAGACCGUUGGUCGAUACAGCUUUAUUGGAGCCAUCCCCAGAAAGGUGAUCGCGACUGGUCCCGGCUAUGGGGAUGUUGGCGACCCGUUGCGGGCUCUCGAGACGCAGCUGUCUCAGGACCGCGUUGUCAGCAUCCCGUCGCUCAAACUUCCCGCUCUCACAGGAGGCGCCGUCGGGUACAUCUCGUACGACUGCAUCAAGUAUUUUGAGCCCAAGACGGCAAGGCCACUCAAGGACAACCUUGGCAUUCCUGAAGCCCUCUUCAUGAUCUUCGACACCGUCGUGGCGUUCGACCACUUCUGCCAAACCGUCACAAUCGUCACACAUAUGAGGCUGCCUGAAAAUCCCAAUGAUUUCCAAGAGUCUUACGAGAAUGCGUCCGCCACGAUCCAGUCUGUACUAGAGCGCAUCAAGCAGCCCGAGACACCCCUCCCUCCAAAGAACCCGAGCAACCCGGCUUCCGAGCAACAGUACUCAUCCAAUGUCGGCCGUCACGGCUACGAGUCCUUCGUCACAUCGCUCAAGUCGCACAUUAUCAAAGGCGACAUCAUCCAGGCCGUCCCAUCGCAGCGGUUUUCGCGGAGCACCACGCUGCACCCCUUCAACAUCUACCGGACCCUCCGUACACUCAACCCGUCCCCGUACCUCUUUUUCCUUUCCUGCGCCGACUUCCACAUAGUCGGCGCCUCGCCGGAAUGCCUAAUGAAGACAGACGGGUACGCCGCGCUGCCGCUGGACGCGCGCUUCGGGUAUACGGCCGAGCAGCAGGCGCAGCUGCGCCCGCGCAUCGUCAACCACGCCAUCGCCGGCACCAUCCGCCGCGGCGCCAACCCGGCCGAGGACGACGAGCUCGCCGCCGAGCUGCAGGCGAGCACAAAGGACCGCGCCGAGCACGUCAUGCUGGUCGAUCUGGCGCGCAACGACGUGAACCGCGUUUGUCACCCGUCCACUGUCAAGGUCGACCGCCUGAUGCGCAUCGACCGCUUCUCCCACGUGCAGCAUCUUACCAGCGAGGUCUCGGGCUUGCUCAGGCCCGAGUGUACCCGCUGGGACGCCAUGCGCAGCAUCUUCCCUGCCGGAACGGUCUCGGGCGCGCCGAAGAUUAGGGCGAUGGAGCUGAUUUAUGAUCUAGAGCAGGAGAAGAGGGGGAUUUACGCGGGCGCGGCGGGAUGGUUUGCAUACGACAUCGUGCGGAUCGAUGAGGCCAACGGCUCCGUGGCGCUGGAUGAGGGCCAGAUGGAUACAUGCAUUGCUAUCCGGACCAUGUUGAUCAAGGACGAGGUGGCGUAUCUCCAGGCCGGAGGCGGCAUUGUGUUUGACAGUGAGAAGACAGAGGAGUGGAUGGAGACGAUGAAUAAGCUGGCGGCCAACUUGAGAUGCAUUGAGCUGGCUGAGAAGUAUUACGGCGACGGACUGGGCUCCAAGUCGGUACAGGAGAUUAUCGACGAAGAGCGGCGCAAGGGGGACGAGUACUAUCGUCUGCAGACAAUGGGUGCUGGGGCAUGAACGGGGGUAAAUGUAUAGGACACGAGCUAGAGGAUGAUGAGCAGCCAGUGAGGAGAUAGCCGACCGGAAUGCAUGCUCAGAAAUCCCGUUCUAAGCCCUUAUCCUUCUCUUGAUGUAUGCUCGCAUCUAUUGCCUGAUGGUAUUGAGCUGAAGCUGCUGGAACUUGUCGCCUGAUGGCAUUGACGGUUGCAGUGGCAGCGCUGAUGGCAGUCACGUUGCACUUUAGUUCUCGCCCA